AACUGCAGUCACAAAGGGAGCUAACCCUGCUCUCAACAGCAUCCAGCAUGAUACAUUCAUUGAACCUUCUUCUGUUCUUUGUAGCUCUCUCAGGCUGCCAGUCAGAGGUUCAGCUGGUGGAGACUGGAGGGGGCCUUGUGGUUCCUGGAGGCUCCCUUCGCCUCUCCUGCAGGGCUUCAGGAUUCACCUUUACUGAGCAUGGAAUGCACUGGAUCCGUCAGGCUCCUGGAAAAGGACUCGAGUGGGUGGCUUUAGUUUCCCAACCCACAGGGAAAAACCAGUACUAUAACCCCAAGGUCCAGGGGCGGUUCACCAUCUCCAGAGACAAUGCCCAAACCUCAGCCUAUCUGCAAAUGGACAGCUUGAAGCCUGAAGACUCUGCCUUGUAUUACUGUGCAAGAGACACAGUGGCAGAAUUUCACUUCCUCCUGCUACAAAAACCUCAGGGAGUCAUUGAGGCCAUUGGAGGUAAUUGUUCUUUCUUGAGACAUAAGAGGCAAGCAGAUGAUGGCUUUAAUCUAGAGGAUGUCUUCGAUGAUUAUGAUGAUUCUUCCUUUCCAGUUGCCCAGUCAGCAGUCCAGCUGGUAGAGUCUGGAGGUGGCUCCAAAAGGCCUGGGGAGUCCCUCCGCCUCUCCUGCCAAGUCUCGGGAUACAACUUUGGAGGCCAUAGUAUCCACUGGGUGAGACAGGCUCCUGGGAAGGGGCUGGAAUGGAUCGCAUGGAUAUUUGAUGAUGGGAGUCGGCAAUCGUAUGCUGACUCAGUGAAAGGGCGCUUCACCGUCUCCAGGAACAACCCUUCAAAUAUGGCUUAUCUGCAAAUGAACAACUUGAAAACCACAGAUACCGCUAUGUAUUACUGUGCAGCAGAGAUACACACAAUGCAUGUCAGCCUCCUUAACUGA